AGUGGAGGGUCUGGGGACCGCGCUGAGGAGCUGCCCGAGUGAGAGGGAUGCCAGACGCACCCCCGUGUGGCCUCAGCCCCCGUCUGUGAUUAGCCUUGACCUGUCCUCCGAGGAGCACCGGCUCUCCCGUGUCCUUGCUGCCUGGAGCCCCAGAGACCCCAGAGAUCCCUGCCUGGAAGGGAGAGACAGCCGUGAGCCCCACGCAGCUCUCGUGAGCCUCCCCACAGCUGGCACUGUCACUGCCGCUCAACAGCCAUUGGGGACGCGCCCACAGUCCCGGGCAGGAGUUUCUGGAGUGGACGGCGUGGCUGCAGGCUCCUGCGAGGGUGAGAGGGUUCUGCUAUCCGCCCUGUGUCCCGUGGUGUCUCCCAGCUGAGGCUCCCAGCUGCGUUCCUCCAACAGAAGAGCCAUGAAGAAAAGGUACCUGGUGCUGGCCCUGCUGGCCGUGGCCCUGGUGCUCCUCAUCGUGGGCCUCUCCCUCUGGCUGUCCAAGGCGCCGCCAGAAGAGAGCCACGUGUACCCCAAGGCGGCUGUGGCUGCCGAUGCCAAGCGCUGCUCAGAGAUUGGGAGGGACAUUCUGAAGGAGGGAGGCUCGGCGGUGGACGCGGCCAUCGCGGCCCUGCUGUGCAUGGGGCUCAUGAACAUCCACAGCAUGGGCAUCGGGGGCGGCCUGUUCCUCACCAUCUACAACAGCACCACCCGGACAGCUGAGGUCAUCAAUGCCCGCGAGGUGGCCCCUGAGCAGGCCUCUGAGACCAUGUUCAACAGCUCGUCCAUGGCCAGAGAAGGGGGCCUGUCUGUGGCGGUUCCCGGCGAGAUCCGGGGCUAUGAGCUGGCGCACCAGCGGCAUGGGCGGCUGCCCUGGGCCCGCCUCUUCCAGCCCAGCAUCCAGAUGGCCCGCGAGGGCUUCCCCGUGGGCAAGUCUCUGGCAACGGCACUGGAGAAGGCGAAGGCCACCAUCGAGGGGCGCCCAGCGCUGUGUGAGGUCUUCUGCCGAGACGGGAAGGUCCUCCGGGAGGGGGACAGAUUGACCCUGCUGAAAUUAGCCGAGACGUAUGAGACGGUGGCCAGGGAGGGCGCUCAGGCCUUCUACCGCGGGAGCCUCACGGACCAGAUUGUCAAAGACAUCCGCGAAGCAGGGGGAAUUGUCACUCUCAACGACCUGAACAAGUACCGUGCCGAGGUCCAGGCUCCGGUGAGCAUCAGCCUCGGGGACUCCAAGCUCUACGCGCCCAGUGCCCCUCUCAGUGGCCCCGUACUGACCCUCAUCCUCAACAUCCUCAAAGGGUACAACUUCUCCCCGGAGAGCGUCAAGACAGCGGAACAGAAGAGCCUGACAUACCACCGCAUCGUCGAAGCCUUUCGCUUUGCCUAUGCCAAGAGGACCCUGCUGGCAGACCCCAAGUUUGUGGAUGUCACUAAGGUGAUCCGCAACAUGACCUCCGAGUUCUUCGCUGACCAACUCCGGGCCCGCAUCUCUGACACCAGCACACACCCGAGUGAAUACUACGAGCCUGCCUUCUACACGCCAGACGAUGGCGGCACUGCCCACCUGUCCGUGGUCUCCGAGGACGGCAGCGCCGUGUCUGCCACCAGCACCAUCAACCUCCAGUUUGGCUCCAAGGUGCGAUCCCGGAUCAGCGGGAUCCUGUUCAAUGAUGAGAUGGACGACUUCAGCUCCCCCAACAUCACCAACAACUUCGGGGUGCCCCCCUCAAAGAUCAACUUCAUCCAGCCAGGGAAGCAGCCGCUCUCGUCCAUGUGCCCGGCUAUCAUCGUGGGGCCGGAUGGCCGCGUCCGCAUGGUGGUGGGCGCCUCUGGGGGCACGCACAUCACCACAGCCACUGCGCAGGCCAUCAUCAACAAUCUGUGGUUUGGCUACGACGUGAAGCGGGCAGUGGAGGAGCCCCGGGUGCACAACCAGCUCUACCCCAACGUCACGACAGUGGAGAAAGACAUUGACCCGGUCGUGGUCACAGGCCUGCACGCCCGGAAUCACGUCACCAAGGACGCGUCCCCCUACGUCGGUGUGGUGCAGGCCAUUGUCCACACAGCCGAUGGCUGGGCAGCUGCCUCAGACUCCAGGAAAGGCGGGGAACCUGCGGGCUACUGAGCACUCCGACGGGCCAGGCCGGCUGGUAGCCCAGCAGUGGGACCUUGGAGGCCGUCCUUCCCCUUGGCAGGGCAGAGCAGUGCAAUAAAAGGGGGUGCUCAGAGCAGCC